UCCUGUCAUUCCGUUUUGGUAUUUUGAGGCAAUCUUGGAGAAAAAAAAGCGAUUUUUCAAAUAAAAUCUCAAUUUCAAUUAUGUCGGAAAUGGAAGUGGGUGAUAACGAAAAUGACUGUUCGAAUGAUUUGUUGUUGCUUGAUCGAGUGUUCCUGCGACUUGGGAACGCGGAAACAGAUGACCAGCUAGAAAGUUGUCUUGGACGUUUCUUACCUCCUGUGAUGUUGAAGCUGUCCUCGGCGCAUGAACAGGUGCGCACAAAAGUGAUGGAGCUGCUGGUGCACGUGAACAAGAGAGUGAAGUGCCGUGCUGAUGUACAGCUGCCCGUGGAGACGCUGCUGCAGCUUUACAGGGACCCUAAAGCUAACAGCUUUAUCAUUAAUUUUACUAUAAUUUACAUCACAAUGGGAUUCCCGAGGUUGCCUCGCGAGCGCCAACUGUCUUUGGUGCCAUCUCUGCUAGAGGCCAUUGAGAACAAGCCUCAGGGGCACCAGGAUGGAAUAUUGGUGUUGAUAAUGCCACUGUUGGGCAGCAUUAAAGAAGCAGAUCUGAAUCUCAAGGAGAAGCCCAAACUGACCUCGAUCGUACUGAAGUUUGCCACGGACAUACUGUUGCUACCUUACAGAGCUCUGCCAAAUACAGGCGACAGUGAGUUCCAAGUGCCUCCAGGCAUGAGCAUGAGAACUUAUAAAAGGAUCGUGGACAAGAAUCAACUCAAUCCCAAUCAGUUAGAAGAGAUGAAAUUAUCGAUAGUGAACUUGAUAAGCAAGGACAUAUUCAACACUCAGGACGUGCUGCUGCCGCUGGUGGUGGCAGCAGCCGACUCUCGGUUCAGCGUCGCCAACCACGCCAACAGCCCGCUCAUACGAGCUAAUAGUUCUGUGGACUGGUCGCAACCUUCGGUAGUGGCUCCCCUGUACUCACUCUAUUUAGGCACUUGGGGAGGUCUAAAGGUGCCCCCAGAUGACCGCAAGGUGCCAGCGUGUACCAGACUUAGGCUGAAGAUAAUUCAGUACUUGAACAAAGCAACAGGAGCAGGCAUCAUGUUUCCCCAUUGUGUACAGGUGAUAUUCUCGUCGUUGUUCGACCCGAAUACAAACUCCAGGCUACGCAACAUGGCGCUGAUGUUCUUACUCAAUGUCAUCAACAGUGGGGAUCUAGGACAACUACGGAAAGUAUCCUCAGUGUUCCUACAAGGACUGCUGAAGAUAAUCCGUUCUGACGAAUACGCCGAACACCAACCCAAAGCCUACAUGUGUUUAGGCAGGCUAGCAUUGAAGUGUCCGAAGACCAUCAACAACCAGUUCGCGCUCCUCGAAGAGUUGGUCAAGAAGAUUCCAGAAGCCACGCCCGAGAUGAGGACGGCUUUGCGGGACGCUUUGCUUGAGAUGGCUGUAGCUUACAGGAUCAACCCUGAAGAUAAACUCGAAAUAAUGGACACGAUAUCCGAAGACCCGGGCACUUCGGCGGUGCCGAUGGAGACUGACGAAGGAUCGGAAAGCAAGAAACCCAAAACAACCGCCUUUGACGAGCUUCAAGCGUUGGCACUCUUCGGCUUACUGGAGCAUUACAUGCACAGCGAGGAGUCAAUGAUCCGGUACAUCGCGAUGCGAUAUUCCGCGGCAGUGUACCCGCAAGACUACAUCCCGUCUAGAUAUCUGCUCUUACUGGCCAGUGGAGACAGCCAAGAUGAGGUGUCCACAGAAGCACUAAAAUGCCUCUACGGAACAUCCCGUCCUAGCGAAAUAGACGAUGUCGUAAACAACGUGGACAAGAAAGAGACAACCACAGUCAACUUAGACGACGAAACCUCCAAGAAAGACAAGGAGAAAGAACAAGAGGAGGAGUUCAAAGUGCCAAAGUUUGGGGAUAUAGUGAACUACGUGUGGGAUCAAAUGCAGAAGAGGAAAAAGGGAUCCAACUCGAAGCAUCGUUAUGUGGUCAAUAAUCAAGUGUUGCAGUUUCAUCCUUUGACUUAUCAAGAGAUGCUCCGGUACCUCCGCAUGUGCCUGAACCGCGAGGCCGGGCUGCGCGACUGCUCCGAGCAUCCCAACGCCACGUCGCCGCUGCUCGCCAACUACUUCUACGAGCGGUUGCUUGAUUCGGAGGUUCUGGAGCGAUACCUCUCUAUGAUCACCUCUCUACUGAGCGCUAGUGCAGAAUUAAUGCCCCUCACAUGCUUCCUGGACAUCGUCGGCUGCGUGCCCGAAAAGAUAGCCUCCAAAUAUACGAACCUCCUCCCAUUCCUCAAAAACCUCUUCGUGACCAGUACCAAGGAAGACAUCAGAGAAGCUGCCUCUGUCAUUUACGCUAUAAUCACAGUACAUACUAGCGAAAAAUCAGCGAUAGAGAGGGAGUUGAAAGAGUUCGUGGUACAGGGUGAUAGUAAUAGAAGUUUAGAGUCGCAAUGCGGUUAUCUGUGUGUGUUCUCGCACAUGUGUGAGCGGUGUUUGGUGUUGGCGAAGAGGGGGAAGUUUGGGGGGAAAGGGUUUAGUGGGGCAAACUGGGAGCCGUAUCAAGAGGGAGUUAGGAGUUUAGCGAAAUUCCUUUCUAAUCCGCAAGCGCUACUUGUCAGCACAUCGGUAUCGGCUAUAUCUCUCCUUGCGAGAGUUGGACCGCUGCCGCUACCUGACUCUGAUCCUAAGCAGGCCGCAACCAUUCAAAGCGAUACCCCGUUCAAUGUCAACAAAACUGGCACUGAGGACACUAUUAACAAGUUCACAGUAGCGGACAGCCUGUUCCGAAUAGUCGGCAACGCUAAACUUCAGUCUAAAAUAAAGGAGCGGGCGCUGUAUACGCUUGGUUUACUCUGUUGCGGGGAUCGCUUUCCCUUCGCGAAGCAAAUCGUUAAAGGGUUUCUGCAGAUGGCUAAAGAUAGCAAAGAGUUUGAAAUACAUUUACAAAUUGGUGAGUCGUUAGUGCUGUGUGUUGAGGGUGUCAACUCAAACGAAAACAGGGAUCUCUGGACCGAGCUACCUAAAGAAGGUGACGCAAAGAUAAGAGAUCGCGAAGCAUUGAAAGAAAACGACGAACUGUUGGAAUGGCUAAUGCAGGAGUUGUUUAAGAUCGGCAAACACCCCCACCCACACUCGAGACAGGCUACAAGUAUCUGGCUCCUGGCUUUACUAAAGAACUGCCCCGAACGGGCGCCUAUUUCGAACAAGCUGCCAGCUCUCCAGGAAGUGUUCAUGGAUUUCUUAUCCGAGAACAGCGAAAUAGUGCAAGACGUCGCCAGCAAGGGCCUAACUCUGGUAUAUCAGAAUUCAGACAAGCAAGCGAAAAAGGCCCUUGUGGCCCAGAUAAUAGAUCAGUUCACCACUGGCAAGCGCGCUGUGGCUCAGGUCACAGAGGACACGAAGAUAUUCGAGGAGGGGCAGCUAGGGAAGGCUCCCACGGGAGGUAACCUGUCCACAUACAAAGAGCUGUGUUCGCUCGCUUCGGAUUUAAAUCAGCCGGAUCUACUAUACAAGUUUAUGCAUUUGGCACACCAUAACUCCGUGUGGAACUCCAAGAAAGGUGCAGCAUUCGGGUUCCACUCUAUAGCUCUACAAGCGGGCGCCCAGUUGUCCGAGCACUUGCCCAAGAUCGUGCCGCGCCUGUACCGCUACCGGUUCGACCCCACGCCGCGCAUACAGAACUCUAUGGCGAGCAUAUGGCACGCUCUAGUGCCCAACACGCAGGCUACCGUUCACAAAUACCACAAAGAAAUCCUUGACGACCUCGUAGAAAACAUGACGUCAAACCAGUGGCGAGUGAGGAUGUCCUGCUGUAACGCCCUUGCCGAUCUUCUGAGAGGAGCUCUGAGUCUUCACGAGUCCUUGGCACAGCUGCCCACUCUGUGGGCCCAACUGUUCAGAGUCAUGGACGACGUCCACGAAGGCACGAGGCAAGCCGCCACAACCACGGCUAACGUGCUUUCUAAGCUAUGCGUCCGCGCGUCCGACGUGAGCCAAGGCAAGGACGGUAAGCAGAUCGUGUCUGCCAUCCUGCCCGUGUUGCUCGACAACGGCAUUACUAACAUCGUGCGCGAAGUCAGGAGUGUCAGUUUACAGACAGUAUCAAAACUAGUGGGUGCGGCGGGCGACUCACUCGCGCCGUUCCUACCGAAGCUCAUACCUGCUUUAGUUGGCGCGGCGGGCGAACUGGAAUCUGCCAAACUUUCGUACCUCAGUACGGCGAUGAGUACUGACAGCGGCACAAGAGACCUUAUCGAUGAUAUGCGAGCCAAUGCGGCCAGGCAGCACUAUACUACUGAUACUGUUGUUAAGUGUAUGCCGUUCAUAAACAUCGAGGUGAUGAAAGAAACCCUCCCCAAAAUCCUGGAACUGACCAAAUCGCCCCAACUCUGUACCAAAGUCGCCUGCACGCACUUCAUAGUGCUGGCCGCGCAUUACUUGCGGAGUGACAUGGAGCCGGUCGCCGGGAAGAUUAUGAGCAACCUGCUCAAUGGGGCGUUUGACAGGAACGCGACGGUUAGGAAGAACUAUGCGGAGGCGUUGGGGCAAGUUUCAGCUUACGCUAAGCAAUCGUCAAUCGAUAAGCUGAUGAAGAAGCUAGUAGGGCUAUACGAGACGAAAGAAGACGACACGGCGCGGUCGGCCAUCGCGCUCACACUCAAAUCCAUCGCCAAGGCCAAGAUAGAACACGUGAAGGACAAUGAGGCGGUCUUGGCGCCUAUGGUGUUCUUGGCUAUGCACGCGCCGAAGGAUGACGACUCUUCGACUGUGGAGAUGUUCGAGGACAUAUGGUCGGACAUCAGCCCGGCGCGGGCAAGCGGCAUCCGCCUGCACCUGCCCGCCAUCCGCGAGGAGAUCGACCGCGCGCUCAACUCCAGCAGCUGGACCAAGAAGAUACAGGCGGCGAACGCAGUAAAGACGAUAUGCAAAGACCUCCCGGACGGGCUGGGCGGUCAGCGGGAACAGUUGAUCCGGGCGCUCUUAGCGGCCGUCCACGGGAAGACCUUCGAUGGGAAACAGCACAUGAUACAAGCACUCGCAGAGUGCUGCAGCGUAAAAGACGGCGAGGCGCCUAUAUCCCAAGCGCUCGCGUCAGAAUGUAUCAACGCGCUGCUAGUAGAAGCUCGGAAACAAGAAAUGGUGUACAAGAAACACGCCAUCGCCGCGCUAGGAGAGGCGCUCAGCGCCGUUGAGACGGACCACUUCAAUCAAGUCUAUGAGAUCGUCAAAGUCAUACUAUCCAAGGACGAGUUAUCAAUGGGCAAGGAAUCAGACGAGGAAGACAACGAAGGCGCGCGCUUGCGGCGCGAGCAACUCGGCGCUUUGAAGGAGACCGCGUACGAGCUGCUGGGCAAGGCGUGGCCUAAGGAUGCCGCUACGCAAGAAAAAUACCAAGACGUAUUCUUCGAACACUGCGCGACCUCAUACUCCAUGAGUUCACGCCCCACACAAUUAUCUAUUCUCGCCGCCGCCACGCGAGUUGUCGAAAGACUGGUCGUGCUUAACGCCGAGCCUAUGGACACGGACAACGUCACUGACAGUAGGAGCAAGGCUAUAAGCAGCGUCGUUGGACAUGCGGCCACCAUUAUUGACUACACGUUGAAAAACAACAAUCAAAUGAGGCACAGGCGAGACGCGUUGAAUCUCAUGGAAGUGCUCGUCAAAAAGCUCAAAGAUUUAAACAAAUUAGAGGAACUGGACAAACUGAGCAGUAUUUACAACUUGUAUUCAAAAGAUCUAUCGAAGGACUCUUCACAUGAAAUAAGGGCAAAAGUUGAUAACAUUAAAGUGUACUUGAAAUAAACUUCUAUGUUAAUAUGUAAUAAAACAAUUCUGUAAAU